CGAAUUAUAUAAAAUACAUUAUGCUGAAAUUAAAUACAUUUUACGGUACUGAGUGCGCGCCUUGAUUUAUGGAGCGAAAUUUUGACAUGAAUGUGCGUUAUAUAAAUGAAAUUUAAAGAAAACUUGAAGGCACGUAAAUAUGGGUUUUGAGACCCACGUGUUAUCAUUGGGAGCCUUGUAAGUAGACGUAAAAUGGUUAGUUAUUUAGUGGUAAGUAUAUAUAUAUAAGGCAGUUCGUCAAGUGUAUAAAUCGCGGUGAGUAGUAGUUUUUUAUGCAUUAGACUUUCUGUGGAUUAACAUUGUUAGGUGUUCAGGGUAUACCCAAAAAUGGUGGCAGGAUUAAGAUAUAGUCGGUUACUGUUUACCGAAAAGGAGAUAUUUGCCUGACUUAGAGUGCCACUGUUAUUUGCGUUUUCAAGGACAUCAGAAGGUAAUCUUUAUUUGGUAUUGAAAUUAUUUUCGUCAUUAGUUUCCUUGUCAUAUAAUGACAAUUGCCCAACUUCCAGUCAAGCAUAAUUGUAUUUAUUAUUACUUAAGGUUCUCUAGUUAUCCGGUGGGCAGGAGAACGAAAAUCUCGGUUUAAAUUCUGAAGUCAUGUCCCUUCGUUAUAAAUUUUUAGUUUCUGUGACCUUGCUGGUCGUGUAGCCUGUUUUCAUAUUAAAGGGAAAAUAUUAAAUAAUGCAACAUUCCGUAAAGAUCCAGCGGGUGAGGAGCAUGUAAAUAUGCUGUUGUCAAAUGAAUAUACAAACCCUAUAAGCAGUAUCCGAAAUGCCAGUAUGUGUUCACAGACAGUGCCAUGUCUGCCAGAUCAGCUGAGCCGCAAUUCAAUGGCAUAACGCCUUUCCAGCAAAUGCUAGCCUCCUGCUCCGGGGCCAUCCUCACGUCGCUGAUCGUCACACCUCUGGAUGUGGUGAAGAUAAGACUCCAAGCACAGAAGAAUCCUUUCCCGAAAGGGAAAUGUUUUGUGUACUGCAAUGGCUUGAUGGAUCACAUAUGCGUAUGUGAAAACGGAAACGCCAAAGCCUGGUACAAAGCACCAGGUCACUUCACUGGGACCCUGGAUGCAUUUCUUAGCAUAAUUCGGAGAGAGGGAGUGAAGUCUUUAUGGAGUGGACUGCCCCCAACGUUGGUCAUGGCAGUACCGGCAACUGUCAUCUACUUCACUUGCUAUGACCAGUUGUGUGCGGUUUUAAGGAAGAGGAUGGGCUCUUACUCGGGGGAGGCGCCCCUGCUGGCGGGGGCUGUAGCCAGAGUGGGCUCCGUCACGGUGAUCAGCCCGCUGGAGCUGAUCCGGACCAAGAUGCAGUCCCAGAAGCUGUCUUAUAGGGAGCUGAGCACCUGUAUCCGGUCGUCAGUGCAGAAUGACGGGUGGUGCUCUCUGUGGCGUGGCUGGGGACCCACGAUGCUCCGCGAUGUCCCCUUUUCAGCCAUGUACUGGUACAACUACGAGCUGGGGAAGAGCUGGUUGUGUCACCAGUACAGCUGCAGGGAGCCCACCUUCACGAUGACCUUCACAGCAGGAGCCGCAUCAGGAGCCAUUGCAUCUAUAGCAACGCUGCCCUUUGAUGUGGUGAAAACGCGGCGGCAGGUUGAACUUGGAGAACUCGAAGCUUUGAGUCUGUCUACAAAAAGUUCUUCCACGACAUACAGCAUCAUGAAGAGGGUGGUUGCUGAGAAUGGGGUCCGAGGACUCUUUGCAGGUUGCCUCCCCAGGGUGAUCAAGGUGGCCCCAGCCUGCGCCAUCAUGAUCAGCUCCUACGAGUAUGGCAAGAAGUUCUUUCGGCAACGCAAUCAGGAGCAGAAGGAGGCCUCUCUGCACACGGGCCCCUGAGGAAUGGAUCCUCAAACACCAAUCGGGAUGGAAGCAGGCCUCUCUGCACACGAGCCCCUGAGGAACGGAUCCUCAAACACCAAUCGGGAUGGAAGCAGGCCUCUCUGCACACGAGCCCCUGAGGAACGGACCCUCAAACACCAAUCGGGAUGGAAGCAGGCCUCUCUGCACACGAGCCCCUGAGGAACGGACCCUCAAACACCAAUCGGGAGGCUUUUUCUGGAUGGACUCGCGAGCUGCCUUGAAGCUCAGGCACCCGAACACAUUGACAGCGGAGGCGUUGAAGGGCAGACCCUGAGUGGGUGUUUGGGACCCCUGCGCUCAUCCCAAAGCCAGCGCUCCUGUUAGGCUGAACUCACCGCCUUCAGCCUAUGGCAGGUGCAGUUUGCACAUUCCAUGCUUUCUUUGACCGGAGGGGCAAAGGUUUUGUUUAAACCAAAAUUCGACCUGAAUUCUCCACCACUGCCUGUGACCAUGUUCAUCUGCUUUCACCCUCCCUUUGUCCACCCCUCCCCCCCUAAAAUCAGGAAUGCUUGUUUGGUGCAGGUGGUUAGGAAUUUACAGGCUGCGUGUGAUUCUUGCCUCUCAUAGUAAAUAAAUCACAUCUUUAUUAGCACUAAUGCAGAACAAUAAACUACGUCCUUAAAAUUG